AGGGAGACAGUGCCUUUCCAUGAGUCUAUGACCUUCAGGGAUGUGGCUGUGCUCUUCAGCCAGGAUGAGUGGCUGCAGCUGGACCCUGGUCAGAGCAGCUUGGACAAAGAGGUCAUGAUAGAGAACUACAGCAACCUGGUUUCCCUGGGAAUUCUAGUUUCAACACCUACAGUGAUUUGCCAGUUGCAGCAAGGAGAAGAUCCCUGCUCAGAGGAAAGAGAAAUGACUCAAGAAACGUGUCUCGAUUUCAAGACUUGGCCUGACAUAGAAGUAGUGCCUGUCAGAAAGGACAUUUUUAUUGAAGAAACAUCUCAUGGAAUCAUAAAGAAAAAAUUCUCUAAGUAUGGUCCUUGGGACAUCAACUUUGGAAAUGUGGAUUCUAAGGGAAGGAUACUGCAGGAGAAACAAAAGAAACCCCUUAUGCAGAUGGCUGCCUCACCCAAGAAAACUGUCAGUGAGGAUGGAAACCCCACAAGUCUAGUUGGGAAGGGCUCAUUUAUAAACACAGUUCUUAUUUCACAACAGUGUGUUCCCAUGGAAAUGGUACCAAAUAUGUAUUACACUUUCAGGGAAGAUUUUACACAGAAGUUUGACCUAAUGAGAUGCUUCCAGAUUUACCCAGGAGGAAAUCCUCUUGUCUGUCAUGAGUGUGGGAAGAGCUUCAGCCAGGGUAUUCAUCUUCUGGACCAGAGAAUCCAUACUGGUGUGAAGACCUUCAGCCACCAGUCAUCCCUUCUCACACAUCAGAGAAUCCACACUGGGGAGAAGCCAUAAGAGUGUAAUGAGUGUGCAAAAGCAUUCAGUAGCAGUUCCACCCUCAUCAAACAUCUGAGAGUUCACGUGGGAGAGAAGCCCUACCACUGCAGGGAGUGUGGGAAAGCCUUUAGCCAGUGUUCCACGCUCACUGCACACCAGAGGAGUCACACUGGAGAGAUGCUCUACAAAUGUGCUGAGUAUGAGAAGACCUUCAACUGUAGAAAGCUUCACAGGUAUCAAAGAAUCCACACAGGUGAGAAAUCUUAUAAAUGUAGAAAGUGUGGGAAAUGUUACAGCCAGUUUCCAUCCCUCAUGGAAUACCAGAUACUCCAUACUAGAGAACAGUUGUGCCAGUAUUUGGAGUGUGAGAAAACCUUCACAUGCAUCUCCACAUUUAUUGAACACCAGCAAAUCCAUACCUGACAGAAACCCUGCCCAUGUAAUGAAUGAGGGAAAACCUUCAGCCAGUAUUCAUCAUUUAAUGAGCAUCAGAAAAUCCAUACUGGGGAAAAGCUUUACACAUGUCAAGAAUAUAGUAAACCCUUUGGCUACAAAUCCAACCUUUAUAGGCAUCAGAGAAUCCACACUGGAGAGAAACCCGAAUCCACACUGGAGAGAAACCCUAUCUAUCAGUGUAACCAAUGUGGAAAGGCAUUCAGCCAGUAUUCAUUCCUAACUGAGCAUGAGAGAAUCCAUACUGGAGAGAAACUCUAUAAGUGUAUGGAAUGUGGGAAAGCCUAUAGUUGCAGAUCAAGCCUUUGUAGACAGAAAAAAGUCCACAAUAAAGAGAGACUCUACAAAUGGAAGGAAUAUGGGAAACAGUUCAUCUAUGGCUCCUCUUUUACUCAGUAUCAGAAAUUUCUGAGAAGAGAUAAACCUAUGAGCUUUAAUUUAUCUCUCUAA